AUGGGGGACACCAGCCCUAGCUGUACAACAACCCCACCUCCACUAGCGACCCAGAGACACACACUCUGGACUCCCCUGGCCAGAGAUACUUCCAGGCCCCCAUCUCAGGCCAGCCCCAGUCGAGAAACCCGACACAGUGCUCCGUGCAGAGUCCUCACCCAGUCGGCCCUCAACGCUCCGCCUCACCCAGGACACGGACCAACCCUCAACCGAGGUAAGACACCUGGCCGCAACAGGCCCCUCCUCGACGAAUACUCUGACUUGGGACGUCUGGUACACUCACUGCAGCCCUAA